UUCCUCAGACCCCCCGGACCAACGGCAACAGGCAUUCUCUACGGCUAUCUCGGUUGCUACGUUCAAACUGGAUCAAACACCACAACCACCGGCCGCGCUCUCACAAAUUACCAAGCUACCUACACCAACCAAGUAAACAGUCGUUGCAGCACCACCUGUCUCUCGCAACAGUUCGUCUACUUUGGCACCGUGAAUCAGGGUACUACGGGUGCCGAUUGCUGGUGUGGCAACACUAUUGCAUAUGUGACUGUUGCGACUGGUCUGUUGAGUGGAAGCACAGGCGAAGCAGGUGAAAACAACUGCUACCUAUGCAACGGAGCCAGUGUACCAGGAGGAGUACCUGGUGCUUGCGGCAACUAUUCGAUCAGCACAAUUGCCAUAUUCGCUCGCUCCUUCUGA